AUGUCUUUAAAGCUUCUGACUCGGAAUGGCCUUCGCCAGUCCGCAGCGCGCCUCCCCGCACGGAGGUGGAGUAGCUCCAUCUCGCAGCAGCCGGGGUCAGAUAGUGUUCGAUUCCCCGGGGCCGUGAAUAGCAAAUUUACCUCGGAGAUGGCCUUUCUCAAAGCCUCAGAUCUGCCCGCUAUCCCUACCUACCGAGUGAUGGACUCAGACGGUCACCAGGUUGAUAAGACGAGACCCGCACCCGAUGUUACAGAUGCGGAGGUUCUUACAUGGUACAAAAAUAUGCUGUCUGUGAGUGUUAUGGACGUGGUCAUGUUUGAGGCACAGCGGCAGGGUCGCUUAAGUUUCUACAUGGUUUCCGCUGGCGAGGAAGGCAUCACCGUUGGAUCAGCCGCAGCAUUGACACCAGAUGAUGUAGUCUUUGCACAAUACCGCGAGGCGGGUGUAUUCCAGCAACGUGGAUUCACACUGAAGAACUUUAUGAGCCAGCUCUUCGCCAAUUCCAAUGAUACAGGCCGUGGUCGAAAUAUGCCAGUCCACUACGGACAAAACUAUCCUCGCAUGCACACAAUCUCCUCCCCAUUAGCCACACAAAUUCCCCAAGCCGCUGGCGCAGCAUACGCCCUGAAACUCCAAGACCUUCAAAACCCAAACCGAGACCCACGCAUUGUGGCCUGCUACUUCGGUGAGGGAGCGGCCAGCGAAGGCGAUUUCCACGCCGCGCUAAACAUUGCCGCAACACGCUCCUGCCCGGUCGUCUUUAUAUGUCGAAACAAUGGCUACGCGAUCUCAACCCCAACACUAGAGCAGUACCGGGGCGAUGGAAUCGCCAGCCGCGGCGUGGGGUACGGUAUCGACACGAUCCGCGUCGACGGCAACGAUAUCUUCGCCGUAAACGAAGCAAUGAAAGAGGCACGUCGGAUUGCCCUUAGUGAGGGCGGACGACCCGUGCUGAUCGAAGCUAUGAGCUACCGUGUCUCGCAUCACAGUACCAGUGACGACAGCUUUGCGUACCGCGCGCGUGUCGAGGUUGAGGAUUGGAAACGUCGAGAUAACCCCAUUAUCCGGCUGCGGAAGUGGCUCGAAAAUCAGGGGCUUUGGAGUGAGGAGCAGGAGAAGGAGACGCGGGAUGAGAUGCGGAAGGCCGUGUUGAAGGAGUUUGGUGAGGCGGAGCAGGAGAGUAAGCCUUCGCUUAGGGAUGCCUUCACUGAUGUCUAUGAGGAGAUUACAGAGGAACAGAGGGAGCAGAUGACGGAGCUCAAACGCAUCUUGGAAACUUAUCCAGAUGAGUAUGAUCUGCGGCCGUAUAAAGAUGGGAUCAAGGGCUUGGAAUAA